UCAAUGAGGCUCUGGGGUGGCUGCCCCACUGCAAAUAAAGGGAGAUAACGGGCCGUGAGUAGCGGCUGAAAACGUUUUAUACUGACAUGUUAGAGCAAUGACUUUUGCGUAACCGCGUAAAAUCUGGGACUAGGCUCCCAGCACGAGGAUGAUAUAGGGUUCUUACGGGAAGAGGAACAAAAAACGAUUGCCACGGCCCGGUGGGAAAAAGAAAACGGCGAAUCCGUUGAAGUUUAGAAAGAGAGAGUGAGCGACAGUGAGCAGGAUUCUCAAAAUUGAAAGCAAUCCAAAAACAUAGCUGCGGUGAAGAGUGAGUGUACCCAUUUGAAAGAUGAGCUUGAUGUCUGCCAUAGACACCAGUGCCUCCGUGUACCAGCCUGCACAGCUACUGAAUUGGGUAUACCUCUCUUUGCAAGACACUCACCAGACCAGCGCUUUUGACGCCUUUAGACCCGAACCCAACUCUUCCCACCCGGAGCUGAACUACUGCAAGACUCCUGCGGCGGACCUGAGCUCGUCCCUAAACUCCAACUAUCUCAACAACUUUUUUCAGCUCCAGCGGAAUGAGGCGUUGAAUAACAGCGUGUAUAAGAAUGUCUCGCCAUACGGCUCACUCAACAACAUCGUUGAUGGACUCAACACCCUGACAGACCACUUCUCCGACCUUUCCCUCUCCUCAGAGUCCCGCAAGCCAAGUAAGAGACCCCCGCCCAACUACCUGUGCCACCUCUGCUUCAACAAGGGCCACUACAUCAAAGACUGCCCCCAGGCAAGGCCUAAAGGCGAGGGUCUAACUCCGUACCAGGGGAAGAAGAGGUGUUUUGGAGAGUACAAAUGUCCCAAGUGUAAGAGGAAGUGGAUGAGUGGCAACUCCUGGGCCAACAUGGGACAAGAAUGUAUCAAGUGCCACAUCAACGUCUACCCACACAAGCAGCGUCCAUUGGAGAAGCCUGAUGGCCUGGACGUCUCAGACCAGAGUAAGGAGCACCCUCAGCACCUGUGUGAGAAAUGCAAAGUCCUGGGCUACUACUGCCGACGAGUGCAAUAAUACCUUACUAACCUGAACCCUCCAAUUUCCUCAAAAAGAGAGGAACCAUUUCAUGUCCCUCGCCUCCUUCUCCAUCAGAGGGACACCUAGCAACCCUCCUGUACUGCCUUCCCAUUUUCCUCUUCCCGCUCCUGGGAAAGAGCGGAACCUCACUGUCCUCACCAAUACUGCCUCCCUUGCCUCCCCUCCUUCUCAUCCUUUCUCACCCUCUCCCCCUCUCCACAUCACCUCCCAUCACCUCUCACUCCCUUCUCCUCAUCACCUCUCCCCUCCAUCACCUCUGCCUCCCCUCUCCUCAUCACCUCUCCCUCCCCUCUCCCCUCCAUCACCUCUACCUCCCCUCUCCCCUCCAUCAUCUCUCCCUCCCCUCUCCCCUCCAUUACCUCCCCUCUCCCCAUCACCAUUCCCUCCAUCACCUCUACCUCCCCAUCACCUCUCCCUCCCCUCUCUCCUCCAUCACCUCUACCUCCCCUCUCUCCUCCAUCACCUCUACCUCCCCUCUCCCCAUCACCUCUCGUUCCCCUCUCUCCUCCAUCACCUCUAUCUCCCCUCUCCCCAUCACCACUCCCUCCCUCUCUCCUCCAUCACCUCUACCCCCUCUCCCCAUCACCACUCCCUCCAUCACCUCUCCCUCCCCUCUCCAUCACCUCUCCCUCCCCUCCCCCCCCAUCACCUCUCCCCCAUCACCUCUCCCUCCACUCCCCCCAUCACCUCUCCCUCCACUCUCCCUCAUCAUUUCUCCCCAUCACCUCUCCCUCCACUCUCCCCCAUCACCUCUCCCUCCACUCUCCCCCAUCACCUCUCCCUCAUCACCUCUACCUCCCCCAUCAUCUCUCCCUCAUCACCUCUACCUCCCCUAUCACCUCCCCUUCCCCAUCACCUCUACCUCCCCUAUCACCUCCCCUUCCCCAUCACCUCUACCUUCCCCCCAUCUCCUCUCCCUCCCUUCUCUCUCCCCAUCACCUCUCCCUCCCUUCUCUCUCCCCAUCUCCUCUCCCUCCCUUCUCUCUCCCCAUCUCCUCUCCCUCCCUUCUCUCUCCCCAUCACCUCUCCCUCCCUAUCACCUCUCCCUCCCUUCUCUCUCCAAAUCACCUCUCUCUCCCAUCUCCCUCCCCCAUCACCUCCCAUCUCUGAAUUAGCUGGUAAAUCUUAUUUUGCAGAGGUUUGUCACUAAGCACAAUUCCUGUCCUUUUCCUAAUGUCAAGGGUAUGGGAGAAACUGAUCGAAGAACUGUGCAAGAAUAAUCCUCAGCCCUGACAGGGCCUUGUGGCCUUGUGUACCCUAGCCUAAAAACCAUCUAACGGACAUCCAAUGUGUGUAUAAUAUGAUAUUGUUGUUACUGACAGUAUUGCCCACACCUUGGGGUUUUAUUCCCUCACUUUGGGAGUCUGUUGGUUUUGUGUUUACAGAAGAGUUCUGCCUUCAUUUUCCCUGUCAAGUGAAGUGUGUGGGGAGCAUUAAAACAGACAGAGACAGGCCUUCUAGUGAUGCUAAUGUAACUAUUGUCAUGGGCUCAAGUCGGGGUCAAGGGGUCAAUGUCAGGGGCAAUGUCUGGGUCAAAGGUCAAUUUAUACAUGAAUAACUGUGAAUUAAUUAUGAAUUGAUUAUUGAUUUGAUUAACUGAGGGAUACCGUACCAAACAUCCCUGGCUUACAUGUUACAUGUGGCGUAUUUAUUAUUUGUUGUCUGUUCGUCUGUUGUGCAAUUUUUUAUUGAUUUAAACGGUGACAUAUAUAUAUAUAUAUAUAUAUAUAUAUAUAUAUAUAUGUGUGUGUGUGUGUGUGUGUGUGUGUGUGUGUGUGUGUGUGUGUGUGUGUGUGUGUGUACUAUAUGUAUGUGUGUAUGUUUGUAUAUCAAAGUAUUAUUGUGUAACUGCUUCCACUUGUCUUUAGAAACGACUGUAGGUUGAGAGAGAGUCGUUCUUCGUUUAGUUGUAGUACAGUGAUAAUAACGUUGAUGUUUCGUAUUAAACAAGCUGUGCGUUUACAUCGGCAAUGAAAGUCGGGUUUAGGUAUUCAUCGAAUUGACAAGAUUUUAACAUUUGCCUGUCAAAAGGCAACUAUGCAAUAACAACAGUUUCUGUGAUGAUAAAGGCUGGAUAUGUAGUUUCUCUUAGCCAAUAUCCCCUUUAUAUUUAGACUCUUAAGUAUUAGGUUCAAUCUAUCGGCAAUGCUGUAGUCUUUUUUUCCCUACCUAAUUUGACAGUUUACUUCCAAACAAUCAUUUUCUUUUUGUAAUGAGUUUCUUGAAAAGUAAUUAUGUCCUGCACUGUCUGUAUGCAACCAAUAUUCUUAAGGACUCGACUUCAGCAUUGUUAUUUCUGGCGAGUAUUUACAACUAAUCUAUUUGGUGUGGGAUGCCGAUAGAUUGACAUAGUUGAUUAGAACUGGUAUUUCAAAUGGUAUAUAGAGAUGUACUCAUUAUACAUUUCAAAGUGGUUUUAUAAUACCCCUAUUGCAAUUGAACAUUUUGCAAUAUUUUGUAGGACACACAACUGACCGAUAGAGCUGUUGCAAUCUUUUGUAGGACACACAACUGACCAAUAGAGCUGUUGCAAUCUUGUAACGUUACUUUAAGACAGAUUGACCUAGAAAUAUAACAGUGAACCUUACUAAUAUCUGUUUCCAAGGAGUUUAACCCCUUCAUAAUGUGUCAAACAAGUGACAGCAGUAAAUUAUGUCUGGAGAAAGAGAUGAGGGAUGGAGGUAAGAUUACUAUAAUGGUUGGUAAAGGAGAAAGAAGUAGAGAAGUGGAAAUGUUGUCUUGUAACAAAAUGGACAUUUGUAUUUUAUCAGAGGACGUUUUGUAAGUGUGGUGAUGGAUUAAGUUUACGUUUCUGUGUGUUUGAUUCCACAUCCUAUCAUGAUUUAAACGUUAAAUCGUGUCUUUAAUAGAAGAGACGUAACUAACCAUUACCUCUGUUUACAAAGAUAUAGGUCUAUACUUUCAACUUUAUAGUUGGAGGACCUAGAGUGAAGAAUAUUUUUCAUUCAACAUUUUGUAACAGUGGGUAUAGUUGUAUCUUAGCAAUGAAGGCUAUUGACACUUUGGGAACUUUGUGAGUAUAGUUGAAGAGAAGUUUGCUACCACUUUUCAAAGCGGAGGUGUAUUUUUCAAAUCACACACAUUGGCUUCUCCAAUAUUUAGAAUGUGUUUAAUGGCUCUAUAAAGGUUGAAUUCGUAGCUGUAUAUUUUAUAUUAUCCGAAAAGUACUAGUGCCUUGUAAAAAGAGAAUAAUUAUUUCGAAAAAUUGGAAGGAAAGUGAAUAAAGAGGAGAGUUGAACUUAGUUUGGAGGUGUAAUUAACUCGUGGCUAGAUGUAACUGCUAGGUGUUUUGCCAAGUCUGAUGCCGGUUCAAGAUGUGAAUACAUAUGGAAAACAAUACUAUUACCCAUUAGCAAUGAGAACUGGCUAAUGUUUUCCUCGACACCAUUUUGUUGAGUUUGGACGCAGUAACUAAAGCAUCUGGCAAAAACACACACACUGUAGUUAGUCUGUUGUCAUGGAAUCAACAACAAUGUUAUUUUGUAGUCAGUACACUAAUGUGAAUGAGGUUUGCACUAAAGGCUGUAGACCUCAUCCUCGUUCUUUUAACUUUGGCCGGGAUUCAAUACAAUCGCGAGUUAUAUGGUUUGUGGCUUUUAAAGGGCAUUUCCGAAUUGAGUCGACAUAUGCAGCGUUUAUUGUGAAUGGGAUCUCCGCGAACGAGGGAACAUUGCCUUUAAAAGCUGCAAUGCCUAUAACCCGCGAUCGGAUUGAAUCCCAGCCUUUCGCUUUUUGAGAUAGUCUGUUUAUGACUCAUUGAUUGAUUCAACACACACAAGUAUGAGCUUGGUUUGUAAUCUUUCAUUCAAUGUGUGGAUACAGAACAAUACAUUAAGCAUAAUUUGUUACAACUUGGACCAUCACACUCAGUUAGUGUUAGGUACAUGUAUGUGGGGAGGUGAAGCCUGGUUCCAGAUUUGUUGGUGCUUUCUUGCCAACCCCUAUAGUCAUUGGCACAGCACAAUCACAUCUGGAACAAGGUUACAGGAUAGUAGCCUACUCACUAAAUAUUAGGCUAGAAAUCAAAUCAAAUCAAAUGUUAUUAGUCACAUGCGCUAAAUACAGUGAAAUGCUUACUUUACAAGCCCCUCACCAACAUUGCAGUUUAACAAAUACCAAUAAGAAAUAAAAGUAACAAGUAAUUAAAGAGCAGCAGUAAAAUAACAAUAGCGAGACUAUAUACAGGGGGGUACCGGUACAGAGUCAAUGUGCGGGGGCACCGGUUAGUUGAGGUAAUAUGUACAUGUAGGUAGAGGUGUAUAUAUAAUGGUUGGGAGAUGUCGCGUAGCCAUUCUAUGGAUAUUUUAUUAUUAUCAUCUGAACAAAAAGGGGCUUGGAAGGAAAGAAUAGUCGACCAUAUUUGAUGUGAAUCGUGUAUUGAUACACAGGGGUUUCAUUCAUUGAUUACAGGUCAUAGUAGAUUUUUAUUUUCUCCCCACAUAACGUUGGGAUCAAUUCUAUAUUUUCACUACAACUGAGCGGAACACUGCUGCUAUCCAAACAUUACCAUAUAUUCUGGUCUAGGCUUUAUUCGCCUCACAACAGCAGUGUAUCAGUACAUGUUUCCAUUAGCUUGGGUAUUAGCCAACUAAACCAAAAGUGCUAAUACCCAUCAAAAUCGAUACACAGUAGGCUUAUGAGUGCUCUGACUCUUAAGGAAUACAAUGAUAAGAAUAUCCUUAAGAAUAUAAGAAAUAUCUAGAAGAAUAUAAGGAAAGAAUCAGCUGAGAUAUUUCUGGUCUGAUUCCAACCAGACAAGAUUGUGAAGAAGAAGCCAUGUGUUUGAGAUGGAAUAAUAAGAGCUAAUGGAAGCAGUUCAUACAUUGUGUUAUGCAUUUUAAACAUACAGUAUACAAAUACUUUUUCAGAUGUGUUUUUUUGUCCUGAAUUGACAUAUACUUGACUUUUCUAGAUCAUUUUCAGUAUGGAUUUGUUAUUUUCUAUGAAAGUAUUCUAUGUGUAUUUUGGAAAAAACUUUAUAGAUGUUACAUUUUCUAAGCAAUUUGCUAAAGAAAACAACCCGAGAGUUAUUUUUCCCAGAAAACUAUAUUUAGCAAAUGACUGUUUUAUGUAUAUAUUAGAUGGCCAUCAUCUUAAAGGAUCUUAGAUCUGAAAUGUUAUGCAGCUUUGAAGCUUUCUAUGUGAAAAAGGGCCUAUAUAAAGCUUUGAGCUUUUCAUUGAUGUUUUACAAUGAUCUGAGGGGUUUAUCCUACAGAAAUAUUUAUGGAAAGAGUUUUUACAACACUUUUUUUGUAUAAAAUACGCAACAAAGUUAUACUAAGAAGGAAAUAUUGAUGUCUACAUAGAUUACUAUUAAAAAAAGUUGGUACAUAAUUAUUAAUACCCUUUACUCAAUGAUAAGCCAUUUAGUUUUUUUAUGUGUUUUGUUUUGUGUUUAGAAAUGUUAUCAUCAGUAUUAAAUAACCCAGAAUGAUACCCAAGUGCUUUAACUAAUAUGCCUAUGAGUUGCCAUUUGUGUCCUUUGAGUAGCAUGCAUUCAUGUUUUAUUACGAGUUUUACCUUAUUAAGGAAAUGACAGACAUAAUUACCAAUGUUUUGUUAUUCAAGUUCUAUAUAAUUGAUUAAGAUCUUACUAGGUUACGCAAUAAUACUGUUAACAUGCAGAAUACAUCUUUUUGUUCUAUCUUAGUGACUGAUGCUCUCCACUGUAUAUGCACAUUCAACUGUGAGUUGUAGAUUGCUCAAAGCAGCUACAAGGCACUUCUCUGAAAUGUUAUGUUUUUAGUCAGUUUAGUACAGAGAGUGUAAUUUACUUCUGUUAAGCAAGUGUGUGAGACAAAACACUUGUAGAAUAUGCAUGUGCAUGUGUUUUGCUUUUAAAUGGAAAAAUAAGUAUUACUUUAUGCAAUGUAUUUCAUUUUAGCACAGUAACGUAGUUGGGCUACAUCGUACGUGCACCAAAUGGCACCCUAUUCCCAUUAUAGUGCAAUACUUUUGACCAGGGCCCACAGAGGGCUCUGAUCCAAAGCAGUACACUAUGGAGAAAAUAGGGUUCCAUUUGGGACAAACGGUAGUCUCUUAGCAUUCUCAACAACUUCUAAUUGAUUGUUACUAGUCAUACAAAUGUAUAAUUGACCGAUAGUGUAUACCAAUUAGUAUACCAAUUAAUACAUACUGACUGAAUGUGCUGUUUUAACACUUACGUGGUCAAUUAGACGUUGUUUUGUUCUUUGAUGUGUAACAUUUUGAGAUUGUAACGCUAUAGUUGAAUUGGUGUGAGUGAGUUAGGAUGACGACUGUUUAGAAAUGUUAUCAUCAGUAUUAAAUAACCCAGAAUGAUACCCAAGUGCUUUAACUAAUAUGCCUAUGAGUUGCCAUUUGUGUCCUUUGAGUAGCAUGCAUUCAUGUUUUAUUACGAGUUUUACCUUAUUAAGGAAAUGACAGACAUAAUUACCAAUGUUUUGUUAUUCAAGUUCUAUAUAAUUGAUUAAGAUCUUACUAGGUUACGCAAUAAUACUGUUAACAUGCAGAAUACAUCUUUUUGUUCUAUCUUAGUGACUGAUGCUCUCCACUGUAUAUGCACAUUCAACUGUGAGUUGUAGAUUGCUCAAAGCAGCUACAAGGCACUUCUCUGAAAUGUUAUGUUUUUAGUCAGUUUAGUACAGAGAGUGUAAUUUACUUCUGUUAAGCAAGUGUGUGAGACAAAACACUUGUAGAAUAUGCAUGUGCAUGUGUUUUGCUUUUAAAUGGAAAAAUAAGUAUUACUUUAUGCAAUGUAUUUCAUUUUAGCACAGUAACGUAGUUGGGCUACAUCGUACGUGCACCAAAUGGCACCCUAUUCCCAUUAUAGUGCAAUACUUUUGACCAGGGCCCACAGAGGGCUCUGAUCCAAAGCAGUACACUAUGGAGAAAAUAGGGUUCCAUUUGGGACAAACGGUAGUCUCUUAGCAUUCUCAACAACUUCUAAUUGAUUGUUACUAGUCAUACAAAUGUAUAAUUGACCGAUAGUGUAUACCAAUUAGUAUACCAAUUAAUACAUACUGACUGAAUGUGCUGUUUUAACACUUACGUGGUCAAUUAGACGUUGUUUUGUUCUUUGAUGUGUAACAUUUUGAGAUUGUAACGCUAUAGUUGAAUUGGUGUGAGUGAGUUAGGAUGACGACUGGGAGGUUGUUGUGGAAACAGAAAAGAACAGAUCUGUUGCAUCACGUCCAUGAAACGGCAUUCCAAAAUGUGCCUUAUUUGUUAGUUAGGAAAACAAAAAACGACUUUAGUGCUUUAGUACUAUUAGGUGUUGUGAUGAAUAAAAUAAAUGUUGAAUUGGAAA